CAGACGGUUCAUCUGCCGAGGACCAUGGAACUGAGUGAAGCCAGGACGUCUUUCUUGAAACUGGACUCCAAACCAGAUCCAUCAAGACCCGCCAACAGCUUCGAGAGGCACGUGCAGCCGUGCCUGGCCGAGCUCCUGGGGACCAUGCUGUUCGUGUUCAUCGGAUGUUUGUCUGUCAUCGAGAACCCGGAGGGUGGAGGGAGGCUGCAGCCGGCGCUGGUCCACGGCCUGGCCAUCAUCGUGCUGGUGUCCUGCUUCGCUGAGAUCAGCGGCUCCCACUUCAACCCAGCCUUCACACUGGCCAUCUACCUGUGUGCAGGCAUCAAGUUGAGGAUGGUGGCCCCUUUCAUCGCCUGUCAGCUGGCAGGAGGGGCCCUGGGGGCUGCACUGGCCAAGGUCAUGACCUCGAGAGAAAACUUUGGGAAAGCCCACGGCGGCUCCUUUGCCAUGCUGCAGUCGGACGAUCAGGUCGGGGCGGCAGUGAUGGCUGAGAUCGCCAUGACGUGUCUCAUCUCCCUGGUGCUGCUGCUGGGGGCCGUCAACAGCAGAACCAAGAGCCCCACGGCGCCCGUGCUGGUGGGCCUCACCGUGGUCUUCAACAUCAUGGCCGGAGGGGGCGUGUCCGGCGCCUGUCUCAACCCAGCCAGAGCCUUUGGUCCAGCAUUAGUGAGCAGCUACUGGGUCUAUCACUGGGUCUACUGGGUGGGUCCAGUCGCUGGAGCUCUGAUCGCAGUCGCGCUGGUCCGGCUGCUCGUCGGAGACAGAACCAUUCGACUGAUCCAGAAGUGAAGCACCUCAGCACCACUGCCUGCCGAUCAAAGAGAGCAGUUUCUCAGUGAAUCCAAACACGGCUGUGAAUGAUCCAACAGGAGAGUCGACGCCUCACACUGACUAUUAGUCACUGAUUUGGGAGAUGAGUGACUUAUUUUGAGAUUCCACUGAGGCUUCUCCAAACUGUUAUUGAACAGGAGCGGCUAGUUUCACCGUCACAGAUCACUGAAAACACACAGGUUAAA